AUGAAACAUUUGAUAUUGAUAUUGGUUUUGCUUCUUUAAAGUGGUGUAUUAAUUGGGAAAGAGAUCAAUGUUGGAAGCGAUUAUGAAUGUGGAUGCUAAUAGUUGAUGGUGUAGGAUGAUUGCAUAAAAUCUGGUUGUAAGUGGAAGAAUGGUGAAUGUUAAGUGAAGUUAAAAUAAGAAAUAAUAAAUGAAGAAGAUAGUGAAACUUUUUGUUCUCAAUUUGAUUAGCAGAAUUGCAGUAAUUAAUCAGGAUGUGCAUUUUUGGUUGACAAAUGUAUUGAGUUUAGUGCAUGCAGUGUUUAUUUACAGAGCACAAAUGAAUUGUGUUAAGCUAUAUCUCGAAAGUGUAUAACAGAUGGAGAAAAAUGUAUAGAAUUAGGGGAAUGUUCAGAUUAUAAGACAGUAAUAUCAUGUGGACAAGAUACACAAGGGAACUAUUGUUUUUGGGAGAAUGAGAACUGUUAAAAGAGUGUGGAUUGUGGAUAAUUGCCAAAAACAUUGAAAAGUGAUGCAGAGUGUAGAGCAGUGAAUAGUGAUUGCACAGUAUCAAAUUAAGGUGGAUGUUAAUUGAGUGGAUGGGGUUGUUAAAAUUAGGAAGGUGAAUAAUAGUGUUUUUGGGAUAGAUUUAUGCAAGUUAGAUGUAAUUGGAAUGGGUUAUCUUGUACUGAUAGAUCGUGUUAAUCUGCUCCAAUCAGUAUAAAGAAUAAUGAAGAAUGUAAUUCUUAUUUAUAAGGAUGUAUCUUAUCAAGUGGUGGAGGUUGUAUUGAACUUGGAAAUUGUGUGGAUAUCCCAACUAGUGAAGCAUGUACUAUUGAUAAGAAUGGCAAAGAAUGUUAUUGGAAGAAUUAGUAAUGUGUAGAAAGAGUUUGCAGUAAUGCAUCUGAAUUAUUAAGAACAUUUGAAGAAUGUUAAUAAUUUUUAAGUGAUUGUGUACCUAAUUUAAAUGGUGGUUGUCAUAGUUAUAGUAAAUGUGAAGAUUUUAUAGAUGAAACUAGUUGUCAGAGUGGAUUAUUAAAUUGCUCUUGGAAUAUUAAAUAAUGUGUUUAGUAUAGUUGUAGUAAUGCAGGCAAAAAGUAUAAUACUCAUUAGAAAUGUUCAGAAUACAAAUCAGAUUGUACAGUUAAUGCAUUAAAAAAUGGUUGUGAAGAUAGAACAUGUGAUAAUGCUCCAAAAGAAAUAAAUACUAAUUAUGAUUGUGAAUAAUAUAAAUCUGGUUGUAUAACUAAAUUAAAUGGUGGAUGUGUUCAGAAUUAGGAAUGUACCAAUAUUAUGAUAAAGGAGGCUUGUUUAUUAGAUUAAUAAGGUAGAGAGUGCUUUUGGUAUCAAAGUUAAUGUAGAUUAAAAACAUGCAGUAAUGCUCCAAAUGUAUAUAAUACACAUGAGCAAUGUCAAACUUAUUCUAAAUUAUGUACUGUAAAGAGAACUUUAAAUGGAUGUAUUGAUAUGACUUGUGAGGUGAUAUUUUAGAAGGAGAAUUGUAAAGAAGACUCAUUAGGUAAUAAUUGUAAUUGGACUGGAUUAUGUUUUGAUAAGACAUGUGAAAAUGCUCCAGUGAAUAACAAUUUUGUUACGGAUGCUUAAUGUAGAGCAUAUUUAAGUAAAUGUACAGUCAGAAAUACAGGAAUGGGAUGUAUGGAUAGACCAUAUUAAUGUAGUGAAAUGAAAAUACCAUAAUAAUGUAUUACAAAUUCUUAUAAUGUUGAUUGUGAAUGGUAUGGAGAUUCUUGUAGAAAGAAAGAAUGUUAUACUGCUUCAAGUUCACUUACAACAUAUGAAAAUUGUAAUUCAUAUUUAAUUGGUUGUACUACAACUGGAAAUGGUUGUUAACCAUUAAAUACUUGUGAUUAAUAUUAAAAUUCAAAUAGUUGUAGAUUUGAUAUCAAUAAUAAUAUUUGUUAGUGGAAUAAUGGAGUAUGUGCAAAUAAGAGUUGUUAAACUGCUAAUAAUACACAUACAACAAAUGAUUUAUGUAAUACUUAUCUCUCAGGUUGUAUUGUUAAUAAUGCUGGAGCUGGUUGUAUUCCAAAACCAGCAAAUUGUUCAGAAAUGACUACUGCAACUUAAUGUACUGCUACUUCUACAAAUUCAUCUGGUGGUCCUUGUGCUUGGAUUGGAUCUUGUGUUGAUAGAACAUGCAGUAAUGCACCUGCAAGCACAGAUUAUAAUACAUUUACAAAAUGCAAUAAUUUCUUAAAUACUUGUACUGUUGUUGCUACAGGUACAGGAGGAUGUAUGACAAUGUCAACAAGUUGUAGUUCAUACACAUCUUAAAGAUAAUGUGAAUAAAUUUUGAAUGGAAAUAAAUGUUCAUGGUAUUUAACCUCUUGUUUAGAUAGAUAAUGUAUAUAUUCACCAGAUACAAGUAGUUAUGAUGAUAAAAAUGAAUGUCAUAGUUAUGAUAAUAGAUGUAAUGUAGUACGUAGAAUAGGUGGUAAUGGUUGUACAAUAAGAAAAGCAACUUGUAAUGAAUUAUCAUAACAUUAAUGUGUGAAGGAUAGUGCUGGUACUAUUUGUACUUGGAAUACAACUGCAGAUCCUCCUUAUUGUUUGAAUAGAACUUGUAGUUUGACUAUUGGAAUUACUAAUUUUACUCCUACAAAUUGUGCUAAUUGGUUAUCUACAUGUGUAGUGAAUAAUGUAUCAGUUCCUACUGGUUGUAUGGCAUUAUAAUCAUCAUGUUCAUAUUAUUAUUAUUCAGCAAAUUGUACAUAUACAUCUUCAAAUGUUUAAUGUUAUUGGAAUGGAUCUAGUUGUGUAAAUAGAAGUUGUACAACUACAUAAGGAAUAACAGAUUUUGAUCAUUCAUCUUGUUAUGGAUGGAUGAAUUCAUGUACAGUAAAUAAACCAACAACUUGUGCAGAUAAACCUACUAAUUGUUCUGAUGCUAUAAAUUAUGAUCAAUGUUAUAAAAAUAUAUCAGAUUAAUUAUGUGCUUGGGUUGGUACUUCAUGUGUAGAUAGAACAUGUAAUAAUCAUGGAUAUGCUGUUACUGAAUUUAAUGAUAUCAAUUGUUCAGGAUGGAUGCCAGGAUGUUCUGGUACUCCUGACUAAACUGCUUGUGAGAUUACAAGAACAUGUACUAAUCAUGGUUCAAAUGUGACUACAUUUACACAUAAUGAUUGUUCUAAUUGGUCUCCUCUUUGUACAGUAAAUUCUACUAAUGAUGCAUGUAUAGAAAGAACUUGUAAAAAUUAUGGAUCUAAUGUUACUGAUUUCACUGAUAGUAAUUGUAGUAAUUGGUUAUUCAAGUGUGGUUCAAAUGAUGAUCAUACUGCUUGUAUAAGUAGUAGAACAUGUAGUAAUCAUGGUUCAGCAGUAACAGUAUUCAGUCAUAAUAAUUGUAAUGCUUGGUGGGAUGAAUGUACAGUAUCAGGAACUAGUUGUACUUAAAAGACAUGUUAUAAUCAUUCAAUAACAGUAUUUAAUCAUACUAAUUGUAAUGAUUGGUAUUAUUUAUGUACUGUAUCUGCUGAUGAAUUAAGUUGUUAACCAAAGACUUGUGCUAAUGCUAAAUUAGUAUCUUAUACUGCAAAUACUUGUUAUUAAUGGUUAAAUACUUGUACUGUUAAUUCUGAUAAUACUGGAUGUAAAUCCAAAAGAACAUGUGAUUUAACUGAUUUAACAACUUUUAAUUAUAAUAAUUGUGUUGGUUGGUUUAAUGAAUGUACCUACACAACUUCAGGAUAAUGUAAUGAUAAAACUUGUACAAAUCAUAGUUCUUAUGUGAAUGUUAAAUCUCAUGUAAAUUGUGAAGCAUGGUUAUAGAGAUGUACUUAUGUUUCAGGUUCAUAAUGUUCAGAUAAAACUUGUUAUAAUUACAAUGAUUUUGUUUAUUAAUAAGAUUAUGCUAAUUGUAAUAAUUGGUUGGAAAUGUGUACAUCUAAUGGGAAAACUUGUGAACCUAAAACUUGUACCAAUCAUGGAAGUAAUGUAACAGUAUUCAAUCAUUCUAAUUGCAGUUAAUGGUUGAGUUAUUGUUAAGUAAAUAUAAGUGGAACAGCAUGUGAGAAUACUAGAGGAUGUUCACCAUCAUUGUAAACGUAUACUCAUAUCACAUGUGAGAGUUACAAUUAUCAAUGUACUAAUAAUGGUUCAGGAUCAUGUAAAUUAAAAUCUUGUACUGAUACUUAACUUGCUACUUAUACACAUGAAUUUUGUUAAGCAUAUUUAUCUGAUUGCACAGUAAAAUCUCAAUUCAAUGGAUGUGAAUAAAAGAGUUGUUAUAAUCAUAGUAUCGAAGUUAGUUAAUUGAGUCAUACUAAUUGUUAGAAUUGGUUAUUUAAUUGUACUUAUACAGGAAUUUCUAGAACAUGCAUUCCUAAAUCUUGUACAAAUCAUGGAUCUAAUGUAACAGUAUUCAAUAAUGUAAAUUGUUAAACUUGGUGGAAUGCUUGUAUUGCUAAUUCUUCUGGUACUGCUUGUAUUAAUAUUCGUACUUGUUCUAAUGCUUCAUUAACAACUUAUACACAUUAAUAUUGUGAAAAUUGGUUAUCUUCAUGCACAUAUUUGAAUACAACAAGUUGUUAAGAUAAAACUUGUGCUUUAGCUUCUACUAAUAAUAAUUUGAUAGCAUUUGAUCCUAUUUCAUGUGAAUUUUGGAUGAAUACAUGUACUAGCAAUGUUGCUUAAAGUGCAUGUAUUAAUAAAACAUGUUACAAUCAUGGAGAUUAAGUCACUACAUUUACUAAUGCUAAUUGUAGUGCAUGGUUAUCAUAUUGUGUUGCCAAUUCUACUAAUUCAGGUUGUAUAGAAAAUAAAACAUGUAGUAAUGCAGUAGUUAGUUCAUAUAAUAAUACAAAUUGUAAUUCUUGGUUAUCUACUUGUACUGUAAAUUCUACUUUUGAUGGUUGUAUAGAUAAAACUUGUUAUAAUUAUGGAUAAAGUAUAUCUAGUUUCACACAUGCUAAUUGCAAUAAUUGGUUAUCUUCUUGUACUAAUCUCUCUAAUACAGGAUGUUAAGAUAAAACUUGUAGUAAUAUAACACCUGCUACAUAUACUUCAGUUAGUUGUUCUACAUGGUUAUCUUAUUGUACAGGUAAUGAUACUUAAACAGCUUGUGUAAGUACUAAAACAUGUACUAAUUAUGGAACUAAUAUUAAAAUAUUAAAUCAUACUAAUUGUAAUAAUUGGUUAUCUUCUUGUACUAUUAAUAGUGCAGGUACUUCAUGUGAAGAGAAAUCUUGUUCAAAUGCUUCUCCAACUUUAUUAUCAUUUGGACCUUAUAAUGAUUCAACAUGUAAUACUUGGUUAUCAACUUGUACUGUCAAUUCAACCUUUAAUGGUUGUAUUACUCGAACAUGUAGUAAUAUACCUUCAUAUAUUACUAAGAAUACUUCAAAUUGCUAAUCUUGGAGUUCUUUAUGUACUUACAAUUCGUCAACUUAAUUGUGUGAAAAUAGAACUUGUACAAAUCAUGGUGUAUUCACUCUAAAUGCAUCAAAUUGUUCAAGUUGGCUUAGUACUUGUUCAUUCUAUUCAAAUAGUUCAGAUUGUGAAACCAUUAGAACAUGCUAAAAUUUUGUAGGUAGUGUUUCACAUAAUAAUUGUGAAGCAUGGUUAUCAACAUGCACAAGAAAAACUGACAAUACAGGUUGUACAUAUAAAUUAUGUGAAAUGUAUACAACUGUUAUUGGAACUCCAUAUUCUUAAUCUAAUUGUGAGUCAUAUCUUUCAAAUUGUAAAUAUGAUAGUUCAAAUGGAAUAUGUGUUGAAAAGACUUGUACAAAUUUUUCAGAUACAGUAAAUUAAGCUAAUUGUGAAGCUUGGUCUAGUAGAUGUACCAUCAAUACUUCAUAUAAUGGUUGUACAUUUAAGACUAGUUCAAAUGCCAUCACUUCUUUAAUAUAUACAGAGAGUAAUUGUAAGAAAUGGUCUGAAGCUUGGUCUUUGAAAUCUACAAAUGAUCAAUGUAUAACUAAUUGUUAUAAUAAUGGAUAACACUUCUCAGUUUUCAAUCAUGCAAAUUGUGAAGCAUGGGAUCCCUAAUGUACAGUUAAUUCUAAUAAUACAAAUUGUGCUCCAAAAACUUGUGCUAAUUUCACAGGAACAAUUAAUUUUUCUAAUUGUUAAUCUUGGUUAUCAACAUGUACUGCAAUGUAUGAUAAUUCUAAAUGUAUUGAUAAAACCUGCAAUAAUCAUUACUAAAAUAUUAAUGUUUGUGUUAGUAAUUCUAGAUGUAAUGCAUACAAAUCUGAUUGUUUUUAUGAAUCUUGUUAUAGUUGUAGAAUAAGAACCUGUUAUGAUUAUGCAGAUACUACUUAAGCAAAUUGUGAAAGUAGAUAUUCACAUUGUUUACUUGGUCAAUAAGGUUGUAUUACACAUAGAACAUGUUCUAAUUAUGGUUCAAAUGUUACUACAUUCACACACAUCAAUUGUGAGAAUUGGCUAUCAAGUUGCACUGUUAAUGAUACUAAUACUGGAUGUACAGAAAAGACAUGUUAUAAUUCAAGUAUCUCGACUGAACUUAAAAAUGCAUAUACUUCACCAAGUUAAAUAACAGAUGUUUAAUGUGUAUCUUGGAAUUAUUUAUGUACUAAUAAUGGUACUACUGGAUGCAAACAUAGAUAAUGUUCAGAUUCAGGUGCUUGGUCCAGUUGUGCAUCUUAUCUAAAUUCCUGUAAACCAGUUUACUAUUUUUCUUAUUGUGAUUAUAAAACAUGUGGAAGUUCAACAUCUGUCUCCUCUGUAUCCUAAUGCUAAAGUUGGGUUCCACAUUGUACCAGAAGUCAAAGUUAAAGAGCCUGUCAUUCAUAAAGAACAUGUAGUGAUUAUGGAAACAAUAUCAAGAUCUUUAAUCAUGUUAAUUGUGAAUAAUGGAAUCCUUUGUGUACAGUAAACGGAACAAAUAAUGGAUGCAUAUACAAAACAUGUUUUAAUCAUGGUAUGACAUCUACAAAUACAACUAAAUGUGGAUAAUGGUUAACAAUUUGUAAAGCAAAUGCAAGUUCAAAUGGAUGUGAACUCAAGACUUGUACUAAUUAUGGUAGUGCAAUUACAGGUUCAUAUAGUGCUUAUUGUCCUUAUUGGUUAGGCAAUUAAUGUACAUAUAAUCCAGUAACAAAUGCUGCUUGUAUACCUUAAAGAACAUGCUUAUAAAGUUAUAAUGGAUAUAAUAUUAGAUAUGAUUAAUAUUAUUGUUUAGAUUGGCUCACUACAUGUACUCCAAAUGCAUCUUAAACUGGUUGUAUUGAUAAAACAUGUACUAAUCAUGGAUCUGAAGUAACAACAUUUACACAUAUAAAUUGUUAUAAUUGGUAUGAUAUUUGUACUAAUGAUGGUGCUACAGCAUGUAAAUAUAAAACAUGUUAAAAUCAUGGUUCAAAUGUGAGUAGUUUAACUCAUUCAAAUUGUUAAUCUUGGUUAACAUCAUGUACAUUUUAAACAGGUGAAAGUACAUGUAACUAUAAGACAUGUACAAAUUAUCAAUCUAUGGGAUUGUCAUCAACUAAUUGUUAUAAUUGGAAUAAUCAAUGUACAUACAUAACUUAUGAUUGUGAAUAUAAAACAUGUGAUAAUUACUCAGGAUCUAUUACUGAAUCUUUAUGUAGAGAUUGGUUACCAUAUUGCACUCCAAACUAUACAGCUACCAAAUGUAUAAGUACAAGAAAUUGUAGCAAUUAUGGCAAUCAAAUUACAGAAUUUAAUCUACAAACUUGUUAAAAUUGGUUGCCAUAUUGUACAGUGAAUAGUACAAAUGAUGGUUGUAUGGAUAAAACAUGUGAUAACUAUGGAUCAUAAUUGAGUACAUUUACUAAGAUUACUUGUUCUGGAUGGCUACCUUAUUGUACAAAUAAUUCAACUACAAAAUGUGAAAUGAAACAUUGUACAAAUUAUCCUAGUGGUUUCACUGUCAAUAGUUCAAAUUGUAGUAGUUGGUUUAGUUAUUGUAAAUUAGCACCUACAGGUACUAAUUGUGAAUAUAAAACAUGUAAAAAUCAUGGUUUAAGUACUUUUAAUCAUACAAAUUGUUCUAAUUGGUUACAUUAUUGUACAGUAUCUGAUGAUGGUACAUCCUGUGUAACAAGUAGAACUUGUACUAAUCAUGGAAGUUCAGUAACUGUAUUUAAUCAUAGUAAUUGUUAAUUUUGGUUAUCUACAUGUACAGUUAAUUCAGGUUUAACAGCAUGUGAACCAAAAACAUGUACUAAUCAUGGAUCUUUUGUUACAACAUUCAAUCAUAAUAAUUGUUAAAAUUGGAAUUUUGAUUGUACUAAUUUAGGUAGUACUGCAUGUACUGUUAAAACAUGUGCUAAUGCAACUGGAAUUUCAUUUAAUCAUACAAAUUGUUAAAAUUGGUUAUCAAUAUGUACUGUAAAUUCAAGUUAUAAUGCAUGCAUUAAUAAAACUUGUUCAAAUACAACUGGUAUUAGUACUUGGUCUCAUAAUAAUUGUGAAAAAUGGUUACCUCAAUGUUAAUUAAAUAAACCAACAACUUGUACUACAUUGUAAUCAAAUUGUAGUAAUGCAGGUGUAUCAUAUAAUUAAUGUGUAAUUGAUAGUGGUAAUUAUGAAUGUGCUUGGUAUAAUGGUACUUGUUUAAGAAGGACAUGUAGUAAUUAUACAGGAACUACAUUCACACAUAUUGAUUGUGAGAAUUGGUUAUAAACAUGUACAGUUGAAUCAGGUGCAUCACCUAAUAAUUGUGUAAAUAAACCAACAAAUUGUACAGAUAUAGGAGUAACUUAAGAUUAGUGUGUAACUAAUAUUAAUUUAGUGAAUUGUGUAUGGUUAUCAGGAUGUGAGAAUAGAACAUGUGCUAAUUAUACUGGUGUAACAUUUACACAUUCUGAUUGUGAAACUUGGUUAUCAACAUGUACAGUUGAUGCAUUAAAUGUACAUUUAGGUUGUGUAAUUAAACCAUAAAAAUGUUCCAUGAUUUCUAAUUAAGAUUAAUGUAUUAAAAGUUUAGAUAAUACUAUAUGUUUUUGGACUGGUACUUAAUGUAAAGAUAGAGUUUGUGAAGAUGCAACUCAAAAUACAACUUAUGAUGAUGAUACAGAAUGUAAUACAUUCUUAUCAACUUGUACAGUAGCUAGAGUUGGUGAAUGCAUUACUAAGGCUACUAAUUGUUCUGAUUAUUUAUAGGAAUCUCAUUGUUUCAAGAAUACUUCUUAAGGAAUAUGUUUUUGGAAUGUUGAUAUUAAUAAAUGUGCUGAUAUUAAAUGUUCUAAUGCACCAACUAGUUAUACUACUCAUACUUAAUGUAAUGAAUUUUUGAGUACUUGUACAGCAAAAUAAGGUGGAGGUUGUAUGAUAUUGAAUGGAUGUUUAAAUUAUUCAGCUGAAGUAUCUUGUGUAAUUGGUUCUAAUGGUGAUGCUUGUGCAUGGAAUGGUGGAAGAUGUUAUGUUAAAUCUUGUUAUACUGCAGCAUAUGAUAGUACAAGGGAUACUCAUGCAGAAUGUUAAGAUUAUCAGAUUGAUUGUACUGUUAUAGAUUCAGGUAUUGGUGGUUGUGUUCCUUUGUAAGAUUGUGCAACCUAUAUAAGUGAACGAUAAUGUGUUAUUAAUAAUAUGUAUUUACCAUGUGGUUGGGAUGGUAUUAGAUGCAUGAAUAAAUCAUGUUAAACUGCUCCAAAAUCAUAUACUUAACAUGAGGAAUGUUAAUCAUAUCUUAAUGAAUGUACUACAGUUGCUAUUGGAAAUGGUUGUUAAUUCAAAAAUACUUAUUGUGAAUAAUAUUAAACUGAAAAAUAAUGUAUUAUUACUAUUUCCAAUUAAUCAUGUUAUUGGAAUCCAAAAACUAAUUCAUGUGAAGUUAGAUCUUGUUAAAAUGCUCCUGACACUGCAAUUAAUGCUCAAUUAUGUGAAUAACACUAUCCAUUCUGUUAUACUGAUUAUAUUUAUUGUAGACUUUAAAAGUGUACUGAUUUAAUGUAUAAGACAAAUGAUGAAUGUAAGAAAUACAAUUCAAAUUGUACAUCAGAUGGAUAUUCUUGUAUUGAUAGAAAAUUAUGUUCUGAUGCUCGUAUGUAAGAGGCUUGUAAUAUAGAUAUUUAAGGUAAUGAAUGUUAAUGGAUUUUCUAAAAUUCUUAUUGUAUAAAUAAGUCAUGCAGCACUUCACCAGAAUAUAAUAUUACUGAAAGGGAUUGUUAAGAAUAUUAUCCUAAAGGUAAUUGCACUACUAGAUUAGGAGGUGGUUGCAUUUCUAAAUCAACAUGUGAAAAUGCAUAAUUAUAAGCAGCAUGUACAACAUCUGCUGAUAAUAAAUUAUGCAUUUGGGAUUAAUAGAGAUGUAGAUAAUAAGUUUGUGAUGAUAUUAUAGGUACAUCUGAAAAAGAAUGUGCUCUUUAUGAUUGUGCAUUCUAAAAUUCAUUAAUUUUUGGUAUUAAAUGUACAACCAAAAAGAAAUGUUCAGAAUUUCCUGUAGAAGAUAUUUGUACUAAAGGUAUUGAUGGUAUUUGUAAAUGGUUCAAUAACAGUUGCCAUCUUUUUACAGGUUGUAAUACUAUCUCAAGUCCAUAUGAUUAAAUUUGUAAAUCAUUAUCAAAAAAUUGUACAACUGAUGGAAAUAAAUGUGUAGGAUUGAGUAAAUGUGCUGAUUACUAAAUAUAACAAGCUUGUGUUAUUGGUUUAGAUGGAGAUUGUAUUUGGAGGGAAAGUUAAGCUAUUUGUAAGAGAUUCUUUUCAUGUUAUGAUUUACCAUAUUUAAAUCAUUAAGAAUGUUAUUAAACAUCCUCGAAAUGUACAACAGAUACAAAGAAUGGUUGUAUUCCAUUAUUAUUAUGUUCAUCUUAUAGAUUAUAAGAAUAAUGUAGAAUAAGUUCAAAUGGAAAGGUGGUUAAAUAAAACUCAAAUUAGUAAUACAUAAUUUAAACUGGAAAUUGCAUUUGGGAUACAAAUUAUAAUGAAUGUAGAGAUUAAUAAUGUGAGGAAUUGGAUGGAGAAACACAUGAAGUAUGCAGUGCUUAAUUGUAUGGAUGUACUUCAGAUUCAAUAAAAUGUCUUACUAUUAAAGCAUGUGAAGAUUAUGAAAAUGAAUAGACCUGUCUAUAUGCUUAAAGUAAUAAUGGGAAAUGUGUUUUUUAGGAUUAAACAUGUAAAACAAUUUCUUGUAAUGAUAUACCUUAUGGUUAUACUCAUGAGACUUGUCUAAAAUAAAUGCCAAAUUGUAUAUCAGAUGGUCAUUUCUGUAUAGCUAUUGAUGUUUGUGCUAAUUAUGAGAAUAGAUUUUCAUGUAAUUAUGGUGGUCUCGAUGGAAUAUGUGCAUGGGAUGGUCAAUAAUGUAUAAGAGUUCUAGAAUUUUCUGAUUGUGAUCAAGAUAAAUUGAUAUGUUAAUAGUUUUAAGAGAAAUGUAAAUGGAUUGAAAAUCCUUAAAUUACAUCUGAAACUUCAUGUGUUCCUUUAGAAUGUGAAGAUCUUUUAGAGAAUGAAUGUCAUAAUAUUUAUAAUAUGGAUGAAACUACUCUAAAAUUAUGUACAUUUAAGGAUGCUAAAUGUAUUGAAACUGAUCCAGAAAUUUACAAUAUUUAAUCAUGUAGAAUAAAUACCUCGAAUACUUUUUAUUGGAAUACUACAACAUCGAUGUGCACUCAAUGUAGUAAUAGUAUCAAUAUAGAAGAUGAUAUUAAAACAAAUCAUGGAACAAUAUUAAUGAUCAUAUUGAUUAUUAUAUUGUUCUGA